GCAAUGAGUAGCGACGCAAGGGCCUACACCGCGUUUCGUGUGAUGAGCAGCAAUCCCGAGGACAACCCCGGCAGUUUGCGCUUGCACGGCUGCUGGAUGCAGCUCUCCAUGCAUUGCGCGGGCUUGCACGCCUCAAUGAACCAUCUCAAGUCCGUGCCAGCUCAACCGAAGACCUGGUCGUUGAAUCCCUCGGACUACAGCGAGUCGCGCGACUCUAGCAAGAGCAGGCUGAGGCCGUUUCAUCCGGAGGGCAGGUUCCGCAUUUGCUGGGACUUGGUGAGUUUGGUUUUGCUACUUUGUGACGCGCUUCUUCUUCCAAUCUCAAUUGCGUGGGAUUGGAGAUUGGGCCUCGAUAAUGCUGCCAGCACCCUGCUGUUUUGUUCCAUCUGGAGCAGCCUCGUUUUCUGGACCUUGGACGUUUUGGUGAACCUGAACACGGCGGUGUACAUCAAAGGCCUUCUGGUCCAUCGGCGCGAAGCCAUACUCUCUCGCUACAUGCGUUCUUGGCUACUGCUGGACAUCUCCCUGGUCUCCCUAGACUACCUGAAUGUUGCGCAGGACUUCGACACAGACCUUGCCUUUCUGCGUUUUGGUCGUAUCAUCCGGGCCUUCCGCUUGCUGCGCUUACUGAAGAUGACCAAGCUGGACGAAAUCAUCCAAGAAAUGGCUGCCUCAACCGGUCGACAGUGGAUCAUGCUCGUCAUCGCCAUUUUCAACUCAGCAGUGGCUGCCAUGUUGGUGGCGCACAUGGUGACGUGCUUCUGGUUCUGGGUGGGCUCUGCCACACAGGCGGACGGACGGACAAGCUGGAUCCACCUAGCAGGGGCCACAGGCCUGGAUGCAGGCACUCAGUACGUGCACUCUUUGCGCUACGUAAUGAAUUCACCGGCUCCGCCCACCAUCGCGCCGGAUAGCGCUGUGGAGCGCAUCGUGGAUAUCAUGAACAACAUUUUCACCCUGGUUGUGAUCGGCUCUGCGGUCUCGAAGAUCUCGGGGACUUUGGCAGAGCUCCGUGCCAUGAACGAAGCUCGAAGCCGCCAGCGUCGGGAGAUCCGGGUGUAUUUGAGCAGCCAGGAUGCUUCUUUCGAGCUGGUGUCGCGCAUCAUGAAGUUUGUGGAGUACAAGAUGGACAAGAUAUCUCCAGUGACCUUCGACCCAACGCUGAUCUCAUUGACCUUGCAAACUGAGCUCUACGCGGGCCAGCGUGGGCAGUUCCUGGAGUCCGUGCCAAUUUUCAGGCUCACGAAGGUUGCGUUUCCAGACGCCUUUGCAACCAUUUGCACCAAAAUGCAGAAGCACGUCUUUGAGACGAAGGAGAACAUCUUCAAUGCAGGCGCUGUGGCCACAUCCAUGUACAUCACAGCCACGGGCAAGUUCUUACACCGCCAAGCAGACAGCCAACCGCAGGUGGAGCGUCAAGUUUUAGGCCAGGAGUGGUUUGAGGAGUUGGCGCUCUAUGCUGAGAGCCUAGUGCACCACUGCACCCUGACAGCCACCACCUUCGCAGAGGUCUUGAGCUUGGACGGCCAGGACUUGUGCACGUGCCUUCAGUACUCCCCCAGCUGCGCGUCGAUGUUCUGUGAGUACGCCAAGGCGUUUACAGAAAGCAUGAAGAAGUUUAGCAGCAAGCCGCGGCACGAGCAGCAGUUGGAUAAGGCGGAGAUCUGCUGCAAGCGCACAAAGAUGUACCAGGAGCUAUUUCCUGAUCCCAAGACACGCCUGCAAAAUAUCAAUCUCGGCAAUCUGGUGGAAGAGACCAAGUCGAGGGAGACCUACGAAAUGAACAUCGAGUCAAUUGAGUCUUCGCCACAAAGCAAUUCCUCGUCGUCUUCUCAUGCCAGCCUUGCGGAGUACCUCGCAGGGCUGUCGGGAGAACAGCUGCAGCUUGAUCAGCUUCAGACAGAGCUGUGGACCCACCUUGUGGAGCUACACCCUCAGCAUGGCCCUUACAUCCUCUUUGAAAAGGUCUUGGAGAGGGACCGGGCUGAAUCUUCCUGCAUCAACUUGCUGGCCAUGAUCUUCGAUCGCUAUGAUAUAUUGGUCAAGCCACAGGCAGACGACUCCACUCGCUUGCAGCACGGCCAGUGGGCGCAGCUUCAGAAAGUGAUCAAGUGGAUCCAGCCCGACACUGACCAGAUCCAUGCAGCACUGGUUCUGUUGGCUAUUCGAGGCUUGGGGAAGUCUCCAAUUGUGGUGAACCAGAUCGAUUGCCAGGGUCGGCCAGAGAAAGCUGUGUUCUACCUAGUCCAGAAUGCCCAGAAUGUUGUGCCUGCUGUGACAGCCCUGAGCGAAAAGGGGCUAUACUACCUGCGCUCGGUGCUAUCCAUCCAUGAGGCUUUCAAUUUUGCGCAGAUGCUGCAGGGCGAGAAUGUGCCAGCGAACGUGGCACAGCUCCAGGAGCAUGUGCAGGAGCACGGCCAGCAGGUGUUCCAUUGCUAUAUUCUCUUCCUGCUUGGCUUUAUGAGCGGCCUUAGCGGUGGGCGGGGCUCAAAAUUCCUCAUUGCCAGGAAUGCGCAGGUCCUGAUUGCCAGCAUGCAGGUUCUGACGCGCCUCACCGAGCUUACCCCUCGCAGUGUCUACUGGGGCUACAUGCGCGCCCGCGCAGAUUCUUUAUUGGCACCCUUCGCGACUGCUGAAGACCUUGCGUUGGUGCGGCUUGCAUGCCUCAGCCGCGUGCAAGACAACGACGGAUACAUUGACCUGCGAUCUGCCUGGACCACCCUGGGCAGAAAAGAAAAGGCGGCCCUGAUCAAUCACCUUCUGGCAGAUGGUAUCCAACAGCAGGCCAUGAUCUUCGAAUUCUUGCCAGACUGCGUGCAGAAGGCCUUGGGCAAUUCCUCGGUGGGAUUGGCAAGGCUUUUGGAAGUGCUCGUGGACUUGCUGAUCAAUUUAGGCCCCGCACUGCAUGGUAAGGUGCAUGGCCAGAUGAUAUUGAUUGACCUCUCCGAUCUAAGUGAAUUCAUUGCAGCAGUGCAGAACAGCUUUGUGUUUCAGACGUGCAUCUCCCGGAGCAAGUUGGAGGUCUCAGGAGGCAAGCCGGCGCGGGUCCAGCUGGAGAUGACCAGUGACAACUGGAGCCGCAGCAACGAGGCUGACUCCGAUUUGAUGAGCCUCUCCUACCGCCUCAGGGACAUUCUGCAGAAGCAGCAAUGGAUGGAGUCCGUGCUUAUGCACGGGGACACUGUCUCGCUGUGAAGGAGCGACAGGGUUCCCAUGCAUCCUGCGCGUCAUGCUUGUGACCUGGGUAAUGCCCUUGUUCGUUUCACAGGAGGCCGCGGUCUUAAUCUAAGUUCGCUGGCACUAUGAGGUUUGGUCCGAUCUUUUAGUCUACAAUCCAUUUGAGAGCCACUUGGUGGACUCAUGAAAUGUUCCCA